AUGUGGGAUUACUACUCAGGAAAGGUUUUGUUCGUCACAGGUGCCUCGGGCUUUCUGGGGACGGCCCUGGCGUACCGCAUAAUCUCACAAGCGCCUGUGGCUCAUCUAUACUUGCUCUGCAGGGGCGGUCUGCCGCGCCUGGAAGAAGUGUGGCGUCAAUACCUGCCCCCCAAGUAUAUCGAGUGCCUCUACGAUCCCGAGCUUGUCACCGUUAUCACCGGCGAUAUCCUCGAACCUAACCUCGGCAUCGAUGUAGAUCAUCUUCAGGCAUUAUACGAACGCGUCAAUAUCGUUAUCCAUGCGGCAUCCUCAAUCAAGCUCAUGACCACCCUUAAGAAGUUAGCAAAACCAGUCAUCCACGGGAGCGACAACGUCGCCCAGUUUGCCUUCCAGUGCCAACGCCUCGAUCGCUUCGUAUAUGUUUCCACGGCGUACGUAAACGCCUUCCUUUACCAGGAGUCGGAUGACACCGACCCCUACGUGGAGGAGACAAUCUACCCUCUGGGUCGCGGCUGGAUAUCCGAUGUACGGGACGAAUGGAAGCAGGUGCAACGAGAAGGCGACUCGCCGGAAUACACCGCGCAUAAUUUCCCGUGGCCGUACGGCUACGCCAAACAUCUCACGGAGCGACUCAUUCUCGACAAAUUCAGCGCCGCCGGCAGAGCAGACCAGCUUCUCAUUCUCCGGCCGUCGGUGAUCGCGCCCGCCCAGAGCUUCCCAUACCAGGGGUUCAGCGUACCGAAAUCCACGCCAACGACUAUGCUAGCGGCGUGUUUUAUUCUGACUCCCACCUUAGUCGCGCGUUUGGCCAGCCGCGCAAACGACCCGGAAACAGAGUCAACGAUCGACGAGGUUCCCGUUGACGUUGUCGUGGAUAGGCUGCUGGUUCACCUUGCGAAGGGAACAACAGGCCCUGUUCAUGCUGUCGGUGGCACAAGAGCGCGCUACACAUUCCAAGCUUUCUGGGCGCAGGCUAUGGCACUGCGGAAACUUCCUUGGCCGCUCCGGAAGCAGUGGUUGAACGUGGAUUGGCGGUCGAGCUUGUUGCACCCGAUUGCUCGGGUGUAUGUCAUAUACGCGGCUUCGUAUAGAUUCUCCGAAGCAAAGACGGUUGGACUGUGGGAGAGCUUGAGUGAGAAGGAGAGGUCGGAACUGCAAUUUUUCACAUCGGCGUCUGGGAACAACGUGGACCUCGCCGCGAGGGCAGAACAGAUCCGGUUCGUGGCGGAGCAGUUCGCUGCCAAGGGGCUGCUUAGCUGGAUCUUGUUUUGGUUUUUUUAUACCUCGGGAUUCUUCUGA